UUCCAUCUCCAUUCCACAACACGAUACCCUCAUCGCAAGAUGCCGCCACAAAUCAAGCAAGAUCUCAACCGAUCCGGCUGGGAGUCCACCGACUUCCCGUCCGUCUGCGAAACAUGCCUCCCCGAUAAUCCCUACGUCAAGAUGCUGAAGGAGGACUACGGCGCCGAAUGCAAGCUCUGCACGCGACCUUUCACUGUCUUCUCUUGGUCGGCCGAUCGAUCCCACGGCCGCAAGAAACGCACCAACAUCUGCCUCACGUGCGCGCGCCUCAAGAACUGCUGUCAGACAUGCAUGCUCGAUCUCAGCUUCGGCCUCCCGGUUGCCAUUCGCGAUGCCGCCCUCAAGAUGGUCGCGCCUGGUCCCGGAAGCGAGGUCAACAGGGAGUACUUUGCACAGAACAUGGAGAAGGAGAUCGAGGAAGGCAGGGGAGGCACGGAAGAGUAUGAGAAGACCGACGAAAAGGCGCGAGAGCUGCUUCGACGACUCGCGACCAGUAAGCCGUAUUUCAGGAAAGGACGCGCGAUCGAGGACGGAAGCGCAGCAUCAGGCGCAGGUCCUAGACCGGGUGGCAACAGAAGACCUUUCCCCGCUGCAUCACAACUGCCUCCUGGCCCGCAAGAUUACCUACCGCCGAAAGACAAGAAUAUCAUGUCCAUAUUCAUUACCGGUGUCGAGGACGACCUACCUGAGUACAAGAUCAGGGAUUUCUUCAAGGAGCACGGAAAGAUCAAGAGCUUGGUAUGCAGCCACAUGUCGCAUUGCGCCUUCAUCAACUACGAGACAAGGGAGGCAGCAGAGAGAGCAGCAGAGGCUUGCCAGGGGCGCGCUGUCAUCGCCGGAUGUCCUCUGCGAGUCAGGUGGAGUGUACCGAAGGCAGUGGGCACCAUGACGAAGGAGCAGCGUGCGGAGAUGGGCAGAGAUGGUAGGAGUGCUUUCGGAGACGUCAGGAAGCAGAAGGCUCUUGAAGGACGGCCCGGACAGAGGAUGCUGCCACAGGGCGACGGUUCGGAACAGCCGGGCCAGCCGGAUAGCCUGGCUGUGGUUGCUGCACCUCCGGGGGCGAGUGAUGUCAACUAUGCUAGUUUGGCUGGUGAUUGAGCGAAGACAGUAUCGCGAACGGGAAAUUGCAUCAGCAGGCGUUUAGAAUUUGGUACUGGCACGUACUAUGUAAAAUGAAAUAUGAUACCAUGACUCUGAGACACUUGG